CGAUGAUUUACUGUCAAUGUGAUUUCUACGGAAAGGUUCCUCCACAAAUGAGUGCUAUCACUGACAGCCUGGUGACUCGGUUAAAACUUACAACAACUCUGCCACACUUGAGCGCUAACAGCUUUGCGGACGCGCCAUUCGCAACACCAAUGCAAACAGAUAAAGCGCGAGAAACAACCGAAUUAAACGCCUCGUGGAAACCUCAGCAUCAGAGACAACAAGAAAAACUGAAUUUUGGGAUUGAGACGAUUCUGUAUGGUUCUUCAAAAUCAGACCUCUUAAACACCCGCCCAAAUGUUACCUUCACCACUCCCCUCAGUGUGACAAGGCAAACGCAUUCCCCAUCCUGGUCCCGUCCGGUUUUCUCCGACCACCAACGAAAAACGUUGGAGGACCGCUUCCAGCGUCAACACUAUUUGAAUAAACGGGAGAGGUACUACUUAUCGCUGUAUCUUGGGCUUACGGAGCAUCAGAUAAAGGUUUGGUUCCAAAAUAGACGAGUCAAGUGGAGACAUUCGCAGGAAGGGAAAAAAGAUCGAAAUGCAAAAUUGCACCGAGCCAAGAAAACUGCAGAGAAAAACUAAUGGCUACGGAGAAGACGUGCAAGGGAAAAAUUUACUUUCCGGUUGUGUUGGAUUGAUGCAAAAAGAAAAAAGAGGCAUCGACUUGAUUUCGCUUAACCCUUUAACCUUUAACCCCUGAGAGUGAUAAACAUCUAAUUUCUCCCAAUAGUGUCACUCCUAAGGUCAUUAGAUUUAAGGUAAUGAUCGCAAGGCCAAGAAGGUCUUGAUUACGAGGCAACUUCUCCUUGUAAGUGUAGAGAAGAGAAUGGAGAACUUCCAAACUGAUGUUAGGGUGUAAAGGGUUAAGAUGUGAUUCAAGAGAUUCGCCGUAUGUGUAGUGUAAGUAGGCUCUCAUUCGCGUGGGACGUUACAAGCUGUGAAGAUGCAAGCCGAGACUGGAGAGGUGAUAUCUGCGAGGGACUGCAAACAGAUAUGUAUGUGUGAUAUUAUUUGUUUUUGAAUUUUCUCACGCAAACACCCAAUUUACAGAUUAUCUCGGGGUGUAGGGGGGAAUUUCAGCUGCUCGCACGUAGAAUGCCGCCUUCCCGGGUUUGUUUUGCUUUGAAAAUGUCACUUCUUUAGUAAAGAAGUGUUUAUGUACAGUCACUUGUUGUUGUUUUGGAAAAAUAAUGCUGUAAUCACGCACUCAUGAUUAAUAGUCGCACGUGUAAACUAUCCU